CUCGUUUCGGGCCGCGCGCGAGUUUUAAAAGCCAGUCUGGGCUCGGCUGGAUCGGAGUCUCUAACCUCUCCCAAACUAAAAUUUUUCCUCAGCUAGUAUUUUAAAGACACAUAAAGGAUGGCAGACAAGAUCAUAUUCCGGGACCUGGAGGUGCGCACGGUGCUGGGGCACGACUCGUGGGAGCGCACAAAGAAACAGCCGGUCCUCAUUACGGCUGAAAUUCACACGUCGAUUGCGUCUGCGGGCCGCACAGACAAGGUCACGGAGAGCGUGCACUACGGCAACGCAUGCAAGCAGGUCACGGCGUUUGCCGAGGGAGCCCACAGGCUGCAGUCGCUGGAGGCGCUUGCCGAUGGCAUCGUGCGGACGUGCCUGGGGGUGACGGAGCGGGCGCUGGCAGUGCACGUGACAGUGAACAAGCCGCGGGCCCUCCUGCACGCCAAGCACGCAGGCGUCGAGGUGUUCCGCACGCGCAAGGAGAUGCUGGGCAGCUGGGGCAGCGAGCCGGUGCAGGCGGCGGAUGAGAGCGACCAGGAGUUUGGGCAGCGCGUGGCCCGUGUGGGGGCCGAGCGCCUGGCGGCCGAGCAGGCGGCAGGGGCGUUGGCGCAGGAGGACCGGAUUGCGGUGCGGCGGCUGCAGCUGAGCACGAUCAUCGGCGUGAAUCUGUGGGAGCGGCACGCCAAGCAGGUGGUGGAUCUGGAUCUGACCAUGCACUACCGCAAGGCGGCUGAGGUGCGGGAUGCGGUGCCGGCGUACCGCAACUUCCGCACGGUGGUGGAUGCGAUCACGGAGCUGGUGGAGAAGAGCUCGUUCCGCACCGUCGAGGCGCUGGCGACGGCGGUGGCACGCGCUGGGGUCAAGGAGUGCCACGUGCCGCGCAUCACCGUGCGCGUCGAGAAGCCCAGCGCGCUGGUCUUUGCUGCGUGCUCGGCAGUCGAGAUCACCCGCGCCAGCUCGGACUUUGCGGCUGCCAGCGAGCCGCGGGCUCCUGGCGACAUGCACUGCGCGUACAUUGCGCUGGGCACGAAUGUCGGCGACCGCCUGGCGAACCUGCACAAGGCAUUGCUGCACCUGGCGGCUCUGCCCGAGUCGCGGCUGGUGGAAACUAGCUUUCUGUACGAGACUGCGCCCAUGUAUGUGGCCGACCAGCCGGCGUUCCUGAAUGCAGCAUGCCGGCUCACGACCCGGCUCGAGCCGCUGGCGCUGCUGGACGAGCUCAAGCGCAUCGAAGCCGAGAUGGGUCGCGACUUCAGCGUGAUCCGCAACGGACCGCGCGUGAUCGACCUGGACAUUCUGUUCUACGACGAGCUAGUGAUGCGCACUGAGCGGCUCACGCUUCCGCAUGCACUGGUGCACGAGCGGCGGUUCCAGCUCGGCCCGCUGUGCGAUCUGGACCGCAGCAUCAUGCAUCAGCGGCUCGGCAGAUCGGCCGGGGCACUGUUCCGCCAUCUGACCACCCACAGCAACGCGCCAAACGACAUCGUGCAGGUCACGCCAUUGCAGCCGCACUCAGGGCUCCUGCAAUCGCUGGUGCCGGCCACGCAGAAGCACACGCUGUCCAUGGGUAUCGUCAACUGCACUCCCGACAGUUUCAGCGACGGCGGCGACUUCCUCGCCUGCGACAGUGCCGUCCAGCACGCGAAGCGCCUGGUGGAGGCCGGCGCCGACAUUCUUGAUAUCGGCGGCCAGUCGACGCGGCCCGGAGCUGUGCCCGUCGGCGUUACCGAAGAGAUUGCACGCGUGGUGCCGGUGGUGCGUGCGCUGCGCGAGCAGCAGGUCGGCGUUCCGAUCUCCGUCGAUACGUUCUAUGCCGACGUGGCCCGUGCAGCGUUGGACGCGGGCGCUGAUAUAAUCAAUGACGUCACCGGCGGCUCGCACGACCCCGAGAUGCUGCCGCUGGUGGCCAAGCGCCAGUGCCCGUACGUGCUGAUGCAUAUGCGUGGCUCGCCGUCAACCAUGACGCAGCUCAACGACUAUGCGCAGUUUGACGGCGACGUGGUGCGCGGCACGCGAUUCGAGCUGGCGCAGCGCGUGCGCCAGGCAUUGGACUGCGGCGUGGCGCGCUGGAACAUUAUCCUGGAUCCGGGCAUUGGCUUUGCCAAGGAGGGCAGCCAGAACUUUGAUGUGCUGCGGCGGUUGCCCGAGCUCACCAAGCGCCAUAUUCGUGCGCCCGUGUCCGACCGCUCCGGCAAGCCCGACUCGGCUGACUCUCACGAGGGCUUCAUUGAGGAGGAUCUGCCGGUGGAGCUCGUUGGCUUCCCGGUGCUGGUCGGCAGCUCCCGCAAGCGCUUCAUUGGCAUGGCCACCGGCAAGAAGAACGCCAAGGACCGCGUCUGGGGUACUGCCGCAACCGUCUCUGCUGCUGUCCAGGGCGGUGCUGCCAUUGUGCGCGUGCAUGACGUGGCCGAGAUGGUCGACGUUGCGCGCGUGUCCGACCACAUCUACCGCACCCAGUAAGACCGCUAGCUGGGAAUAACCUGCACCACACUCAGCAGCGCUAUGAUCACGGUCCUUUUUAUGAAACUGAAGAUGGAAUAAAAAAAACUAACCCUUGGUG